CAUUGAUUGUAACAGAAGGAUUGACAGAGGAGCUGAGAGAUUAUAAUCCAUUAUAAAAAUCACAACAUGCAUGCAGCUUGUUGGCAUAUAUACAUUUGAGGUAGGAAUGUAUAAGAUGAAAGGUCCUGUGACUAUUAUGCAUAGAAUGAUGAGCAUAUCAAAAUUAUUCCUCCUUGCAUUUCUAGGGGGUUUUCCCCUUAUAGUUGUGGUUCAUGCACAGGUCCCUUCAGGUUUCAUAAGCAUAGAUUGUGGAAUACCUAAAGAUUCAAACUACACAGAUGGAACAACAGGGAUAUACUAUAUUUCAGAUGCAGGUUUUGUGGACACUGGUGUAAGCAAAUCUGUAUCCCCUGAAUUUAAGACUGACACACUUGAACAGCAGUUCUUGUAUGUUAGAAGCUUUCCUGAAGGGACCAGAAAUUGCUACACUACAAGACUUGCAAGAGGGAGUGGUAAUAAAUUUUUGAUUAGGGCAAGGUUCUUUUAUGGGAACUAUGAUGCUCCAAAUGUAUUGCCAGAGUUCGAUUUGCACCUAGGAGUUGAUUUCUGGGACACAGUGAAAGUGGAUAAUUCAUCCUCUAUCAUUUGGAGGGAGAUCACACAUGUUCCUUCCAUGGACUACAUACAUGUCUGUCUCAUAAACACAGGCCUUGGAACACCUUUUAUAUCAGCAAUAGAGAUAAGACCUUUAGAUAAUUCUUUGUAUGAAACUACAUUAGGAUCACUAAACCUCAUCGGGCGUUGGGAUUUUGGUUCAAUAACAAAUCAAUUUGUCAGGUACAAAGACGAUGUUUAUGAUCGAAUAUGGAAGCCCUUUAAUUUGGGUAACACCACGGCGGUGUUAAGUACAUCGUCCACGGUUGAUGCUCUAGGUUCCAACCUAUUCCAGCCACCAUCUGUUGUCAUGAGCACCGCCAUUAUGCCAAUAGAUUCUAAUGAAACGUUGUACUUCUGGUGGAAGCCUAAAAAUGACACUGACAAAGUUUAUAUCUACAUGUACUUUGCUGAAGUUGAAAUCUUGCAACCCAACCAGUCCAGAGAAUUCGACAUUUAUAUAAAUGGGAAACUAUGGUAUGCAAAGCAUGUUGUUCCCUCUUAUUUAUCCACAUUAACAGUAUACAGCUCAACAGCUGAGAGUCAUUCAAUGUUCAACAUUUCACUCACCAAAACCGAUAAUUCAACCCUUCCACCCAUCAUCAACGCCAUCGAGAUUUUUACUGUGAAACAGCUUCUACAUUUACAAACAAUUGACAAAGAAGUUGCUGCUAUCAUGAGCAUCAAAUCAAUAUAUGGACUGAAAAGAAACUGGCAAGCAGAUCCAUGUGCCCCUGAAGAUUAUGUUUGGGUUGGCGUCACUUGUAGUUAUGAUGGUUCUGAUCCCCCAAGGAUCAUAUCUUUAAAUUUGUCAUCAAGUGGAUUGACAGGGGAGAUAGCUCCUGACAUGUCCGAUCUGACAAUGAUACAAACUUUGGAUUUGUCAAACAACAACUUAACCGGAAUGGUGCCUGAAUUUCUCUCAAAACUGACUUUCUUAAAAGUCUUAAACUUGAGUGGAAACAACUUCACUGGUUCAAUUCCAGCAGAGCUACUUGCAAGGUCAAAGAAUGGAUCAUUAUCAUUGAGCUUCAAUGGAAGUGGAGGUGAAAACACAAAUUCUUGUCAAUCAGUUCCAUGCAAACAGAGGAAAAAGAACAAAGUUGUUGUUCCAAUAGUAGCAUCCGUUGUUUCCAUUUCCCUGCUAUUAACUGCAAUUGUGGCUGCUUUAUGGGUCAUAAAAAGGAGAAAACAAGUAGUCAGAAAGGUAGAUGCUGAAACAAACCAAACAGAAGGGUCGUCCUUGGUGGUAAAGAAUAAAAAAUUUACAUACUCUGAGGUAUCGAGUAUUACCAACAAUUUUCAGAGGGUUAUUGGGGAAGGAGGAUUUGGAACAGUUUACCAUGGCUAUAUAGGUGACUCUCAAGUGGCUGUAAAGAUGCUCUCUGAAUCAUCAAUUCAAGGGUACAAGGAAUUCCAAACUGAGGCCAACCUUCUUAUGAGCGUUCAUCAUAAAAACUUAACUUCGCUAGUUGGAUACUGCAAUGAAGGCACCAAAUUGGGAAUUAUCUAUGAAUACAUGGUUAAUGGAGACUUAGAAAAGCAUCUAUCAGGUAGAAAUUCAAAUUUUUUGAGUUGGGAAGAAAGGCUUCAGAUAGCAGUAGAUGCAGCACUAGGAUUGGAGUAUCUGCACCAUGGUUGUAAGCCUCCAAUAAUCCACAGGGAUGUGAAGACUACCAAUAUCUUAUUAAAUGAAAACUUUCAUGCCAAACUUGCUGACUUUGGGCUUUCCAGAGUUAUUCCCACUGAAGGUGGCACUCAUGUAUCAACAGUUGUUGCCGGUACUCCUGGAUACCUUGAUCCUGAGUAUUACACAUCGAAUAGGCUGACAGACAAAAGUGACGUCUAUAGCUUUGGAAUUGUUCUCUUGGAGAUUAUCACAGGCAGGGCAGCAAUACCAAAAGGCAAUGACAGUAUUUACAUAAUUCAAUUUGUUAGUUCCAAGCUUGCAAAUGGGGAUGUUAGGAUGAUUGCUGAUCCGAGGCUACGGGGAGAUUUUGAUGUUAAUUCUAUUUGGAAAGCUAUAGAAUUAGCAAUGGGUUGUGUGUCUCGCACUUCAGCAAGAAGGCCAACCAUGAAUUAUGUGGUGAUGGAGUUGAAGGAGUGUUUGGCAAUGGAGAUGGCUUGCCAUGAAACAGAACCAAAAGAUUCGAUUGGACUGAUACCUAUGAAUUUGGAAAGUGGACUAAGUCCCGCGGCAAGAUGAUAUCUCUUCAAAAAGUAUCGUUGUUGUUGGUGAACAUUUUCUUUCUUCAAUCAAUGUCAAUAAACUCAAUUGAGACCUUUGCAAAAACCAACUGUUAGUAUUUGUUUUCUCUCAUUCUCCAAAUUACUUCUAAGCAUUAAUAUUUGUUUGCCUGCAUUGUUUAGACAGAUGUGUAAUUCUUCUGAGACAACACUAAUGAUAAUGUUAUAUUUCCACAAGGUGUAUAUAAUAUAUUUCUUGCA